CUCUACCAACCACUUUCGCUACAACAUGAAACCUUCUACCCUUCUCCUCGCCGUCUCUGGCUCUGCAGUCCUUGCUGCCCCUACUCCCAGCUUGAUCGGAGACCUUCUCAGUCUCGGAAACAAUGUAUUCACCACCGUGACCUCCACCAUCACCGGAAGUCUGGCCCAACAGGUCGCUAAACUCGGAACCACUCUUCAGACCAACGCCAACCAGCAUGGUCAGAUCAUCAGCUCGGUCGCUCUGACUGUCCAGGCUAUCGAGGUUGCUGCCAAGCGUUUUACCCAAAACUGCAUCUGGUCGAAGCCUGGAAAACAGUAUAUCAACUGGUCUACCUACAAGGCCAACGGUGUCAACCUAGGUGCCUGGCUAGAGAUUGAGGAGAAUUACGAUACUGAAUGGUGGGCUGCCAACGUGGGAUCAUUCCCUGAUGAAUGGACUUGGUGCCAGAACGUAGGCUUUGCAGUCUGCGGACCCAAGCUCGAGGCACGCUACGCUUCCUUCUUCACCACUGCCGACAUCGAUAAGAUGUGCGCUAAGAACAUUAACACGCUCCGCAUCCCGACCACUUAUGCUGCCUGGACUAAGGUCCCUGGUAGUCAGCUUUACUCUGGUAACCAGCAGGCUUACCUCAGAGCCCUGACCAACUAUGCCAUCGACAAGUGUAACAUGCACGUCAUCAUUGGCCUUCACUCGCUCCCUGGCGGUGUGAACACUUUGAGUAUUGGUGAAGCCUUCGGCCACGAUGCUUGGUUCCAAAACAGCACCAACCUCGACUACAGUUUCAAGGCUAUUGACUCUAUCCUGACCUUCAUCAAGACAUCUGGUCGUCAGAACGCUUUCACCAUUGCUCCUAUCAACGAGGCUAGUGACAACUUUGCUGGCUUCGCUACCCCUGCUGGACUUACCAACGACGGUGUCAACUGGAUCAACACCUACAUCAACGGAGUCUUCUCUCGCAUCGCUAAGGUCGACAAGAGAAUCCCUCUUAUGCUCCAGGACAGCUUCUUCAGCGAGCAGUUCUGGUCACCCUUCUACGCCGCUGGAACUAACCUGGUCAUCGAUUCGCACAUUUACUUUUUUGCUGCCAGUGGUGCUUACUCUCAGUAUGUUCCCGCCGCGGUAUGUGGACAAGCAAAAUAUAUCGGACAGGGUGACGGCAAGUUCCCUGUCUUCAUUGGCGAGUGGUCCCUCCAAACUCUUUACAACAACACUAUCGACAACAGAAAGACUCUCUACGACACCCAGGUCUACGCUUACCAGAAGUACGCUUCCGGUGGUGCUUUCUGGAACGGCAAGAUGUUGAACACCAGAGACACUGUUGAUGGUGAGGGCAAGCUCCAGGACUACUGGUCAUGGGAGGGUCUUGCUGAUGCUGGUGUUGUUUCCAACACCCUCGAUCAGAGCUACUGCUAGAUUGUGACCUGACGAGAGAAGCCUUUAUUCCACCAAAUUUCCUUGUACAUAUUUUACUUCUAUAGUCGAGCAUAGAGAAGACAGUAUAUAAACUUAAAUUGCGGUACAAGUUACCAAACGGAUUUUGCUGUCUUCCUUCUAUGUGCCUGGCCGAACACUGAGGUGAAGUCUCCGUGCGUAGAUGUCUCUCACACAUAUGUCGCUGUGGAAAUGCAGGAUAAUUUUCAGAUUCAGAUCGAGGGUUGUCGGAGGGCAGCCAUUCGAUGUUCUCCGAGGACAAUCUCGGGCAAAUCGAAUUUGACUGUGCAUUUCGACAGCUCUCUUGUAUCUCUGAGCGCCAUCCUUGGAGAUUCUAAAUCUACUUCUCCAUGAGUCGAGCCCUCUAAUGCAUAUGUAGCUGUGUAAAUGCAAGAUGUUUUCCAGGUCCAAGUCGA